CCUUCUCUGUUCGCGCUGCUCCUCAGAAGUUCUUCCGGUGGACUGGUACGGAGUUGUAUUUUAAGCAAUUUGGCGGAAUCGUGUGAUAAAAGAUCGACUUUUAGCCGUAUUGGCGCUACAUUUUGAGUUGCAGCGGGUGGCUCUGACGGAACCCCACCAUGGACGUCCCGAACCCUCCUGAAGAUCAAGAACUGAGAAAUGUGAUUGACAAGCUGGCCCAGUUUGUGGCUCGAAAUGGGCCCGAAUUUGAAAAGAUGACUAUGGAGAAGCAGAAGGACAACCCAAAAUUCUCUUUCCUGUUUGGGGGAGAAUAUUUCAGCUACUACAAGUGCAAGCUUGCUAUGGAGCAACAGCAACAUAUUUACAACCCUGGAAACAAAGAUGUGGUUGACAUCCCCCCUCCAUCAAUGCAGCUGGUACCUCCACCUCCAAUUCCUCUGUCAGCGGCACCUUCGAUAGAUGAGCUCGUCCAACAGAGCCAGUGGAAUCUGCAGCAACAAGAGCAGCACCUGCACACUCUCAGACAGGAGCAAGUGACUGCUGCCAUUACCCUGGCAAUGGAGCAACAGAUCCAGAAGCUUCUGUUAGAAACUCAGUUGGACAUCACUGAGUUUGACAACCUACUGCAACCCAUCAUUGAUACCUGCACUAAAGAUGCCAUAUCUGCUGGUAAAAACUGGAUGUUCAAUAACGCCAAAACUCCACAGCAUUGUGAAUUGAUGGCAUCACAUCUUCGUAAUCGCAUCACUGUUGACAGUGCACAUUUUGAGCUCCGCCUACACCUGAUCUAUUUAACCAAUGACGUUCUGCAUCACUGCCAGCGGAAGCAGCAGAAGGAUUUGUUGGCGGCGUUGCAAAAAGUUGUUGUUCCCAUCUACUGCACUAGUUUUCUUGCUGUAGAGGAAGAGAAGCAGCAGAAGAUUACCCGGUUGUUGCAACUUUGGGAGAAGAAUGGGUAUUUUGAUGAGGAGACCAUCCAGCAGCUGCAAAACCCCGCGUUGGGCCUUGGACAGUAUCAGGCUUCCCUGAUAACUGAGUAUGCUGCUGUGGUGCAGCCCAUCCAGUUGGCCUUCCAGCAGCAGAUCCAGACGUUAAAGACUCAACACGAAAAGUUUGUUGCUAGUCUGAAGCAGCAGCAACAGACUGGCACUGCUAGACCGACAACAACUCCUGCUGAAGCUGACAAUCCCCCUUCCAUCACAACACAAGCUUCAGGAGAUGUAAAGCCUCCCGUGAUCGGUCCUCCUUCAGUGGACUUUGAUGGAUCUGCGCCCAGAUCCCUGGACUCCAAAAACUCCAGUGGACCGCCUGAUAUUCCAACCAACAAGCCUGGGUGGUUUGAGCCGCAGCAUGUUGGACCCUGGAAUCCCAACCAGCCGCCUCCCUUUGACCUGAACCAGCCUCCCCCUCCCUGUCCUCCGUGGAACAGUCAUGAGGGAAUGUGGAACGAGCAGAGGGAGCCAGGAAACUGGAGUGGAGGUCCUCCUAGAGAUGGAGGCCCCUGGAGUGGGCCAGGAGGCUCUGAGCCGGGUCCUCCAUCCUGGAACUCCUUUGAUCAGCAGCCACCCUGGGGGAAUCAGACUGAUCAGCCUCCAUGGGGUCAAAGAGAGCCCCCUUUUCCACCACGGAUGCAGAGACCUCCCCAUUUCAGAGGGCCUUUUGCACCACACCCACAGCCCCCCCCUUUUAACCAGCCUCCACCACCCCCUCACAAUUUUGGACGAUUCCCACCACGCUUCGUGCAGGAAGAGUUUACUCCAAGGCACCACUAUGACAGACCCCCUUACACCUCACAUCGCUUUGACUAUUCUCAGGGAGAAUAUCCUGGAGAAAUUGCAGGCCCACCACUUCACCACCACCCCAGUCAACGAAUACCUCCACCAGCUAUAGGAGCUGAUCAUCCUCCCUGGGGUACAGGCCAACACCCAGACUUUGGCCCACCUCAACAUGGCUUCAAUGGUCAUUCACCUCACAUGCGCCAUCGACAGCAGCCUGUUCAAGACGACCCAAGUCUGGUUCCAAACGUACCCUACUUUGACCUGCCAGCAGGGCUUAUGGCGCCGUUGGUCAAACUUGAGGACUGUGAUUAUAAACCUUUGGACCCCAAAGAUAUCAGGUUACCCCCUCCUAUGCCACCCAGUGAUCGGCUAUUAGCUGCUGUGGAGGCUUUCUACAGCCCUCCAUCACAUGAUCGACCUAGAAACAGUGAAGGUUGGGAGCAGAAUGGCCUGUAUGAGUUCUUCAGGGCCAAAAUGAGAGCUAGGAGAAAAAAGGAACAGGAGAAAAGAAAUAGUCAUGGAGGAAGUCGCUCCAGGAGUCGCUCUCGCAGCCGAAGAAGAUCCUCUUCUCGCUCAAGCUCUCAGUCCUCAAAGUCCUCCAGAUCACGUUCGCCAUCAUCUCACUCCGGCAGCCGCUCUCGCUCCUACUCACGAUCCAGGUCCAGGAGUCGAUCCAGGUCUUCUCGGAGUCGUUCUGGCUCCAGAUCCAGAUCCCACUCAAAUUCUCCAAAUAAGAGACGUCGUCCCAAAUCCCGAAGUUCUUCUCCUUCCUCUACUCCAGUGUUGGGCAGUUCCUCAUCCAAAGCAUCUGGAGAUUCCAGAUUAGGAGAGGAGAACAAGGGACACCAGCUUUUAUUAAAGAUGGGUUGGAGCGGUUCUGGAGGCUUGGGGGCCAAGGAACAAGGUAUCCAGGACCCCAUCAAAGGAGGAGAUGUGAGGGAUAAAUGGGACCAGUACAAAGGUGUCGGAGUGUCCUUAGAUGAUCCUUAUGAGAACUAUCGAAGGAAUAAGAGCUACAAUUUUGUUGCCCGCAUGAAAGCAAGAGAGGAAGUCAAUCGGGAAACUCAGGAAACGCCAUCUACUGACUGAGGCCAUCAGAAUUCUGUUUCACCGUGGAUCUGAGCGUUGGAGUGUUCUAUCCAGGAUGCUUAUUACCCCUUAGAAAGAUUUCUAGUUCAUCAGUGACAGUGCACCACAAGCAUGCUAGUGUAGUGUUAACCCACUGCAUGAACUUCUUUUUUGUCCUCAUGGUGGGUUUGACUAAUGGAACUGUUAACAAUAGGGUAACAACAAUAUUUUUUUUACUUGCCAGUUAAGUCUGAUAAACCAGUCAAUCAAAUCACAUUUUUCUUACUUUCACAAUUGAGCAUUUAUCAGUAAUUUACCAAAAAUGCUUAGUCUGUAUGUUAAGAUUUAAUAAUCCUACAAAUGUAAUGAGACAAAAAGAGUCUAAAAUGUGUUCUGCAAGUUUAGAUGUUUAGUUUAAUUCAUUUCAAUCAGUAAAUGUUGUAUGACCAUACAUGAAUCAAUAAAGGCACAUUCUGGGUUUUAGAAAUCAA